AUGACGCGCGCAUCGGAGAUGGACGCGCUGCACGCGAGAGCCGAUUGGGAGAGCGUGGGGGACAAAUGGUUCCGCAAGACGCAGCAGUACACGGCCGUCUUUGACCAAGAAUUGGAUCUCGACAACUACUUCGUGGCGGGAGCUCCCUAUGCUGGUGCUCUAGCAUUAUGGCGCGACGAUACCAAGCUCCAGGCCCACCAGCCGGGCAUAUCCUCGAAGCCGUCCAUCGACAUUUACAGCCUGGCGGGCAAGAAGCUGCGCAGCAUCCCCUGGGACAAGACGGUCGUCAAGGGGCUUGGCUGGUCCGAACAAGAGUCGUUGCUCGUCGUGACCGCCGACGGCAACGUCCGCUGCUACGAUCUCCAGGGAGACUUUAGCAACUUUUCCCUCGGCCACGGCGCCGACAACUAUGGCGUCGAAUCCUGCCGGUUCUACGACAACGGCAUGGUUGCUCUCUUGGGCAACAACUCGCUCGUCGCCGUCUCGUCCUAUGCCGAGCCCCGACCCAAGCUGCUAGCCGCUUGCCCCGGGGGCGAAAUCCACUCGUGGGCCAUCAUCUCGCCCGAUCACACCCUGUCCCGGUCUGUCGAGGUGCUGCUGAGUGUCGGCUCGACCGUCCACGUCGUCGAUGCCACAGACUGCGAAGAUCGGCUGCUCGACAUUGGCCCCUUUAGCCACAUCAGCGUCUCACCCGACGGGCGGUAUGCGAAUCUGUACGGGAAGAAUGGCAAAGCGCACGUCAUCUCGAGCGAUUUUCAGGACAAGAUAUUCGAGCACGAUGCCGACUCGCAGACGCCGCCCAAGUACGUAGAAUGGUGCGGCAGCGAUGCGCUCAUUGCCUGGGAGGACGAGGUGCACAUUAUUGGGCCAGGGGAUCAGUCCUCGUCCUUCAUCUACGAGAGCACCCGCGUCCACGUCAUUUCCGAAUAUGAUGGUGCUCGACUCAUCACAAACGACUUUUGCGAGUUCGUCGAAAGGGUGCCGAGCGAUACCCUCGAGGUGCUCGGCCAUGCCUCGGAAUCCUCGCCCGCGUCCAUCCUGCUCGACGCCGUCGGCCAGCUGGAGCUGGAGUCGCCCAAGGCCGACGAUUACAUCCAGCUCAUCCGGCCCAACCUGACCGAGGCCGUCGAUACGUGCGUCAACGCCGCUGGCCGGGAGUUUGACACGCGGUGGCAGAAGAAACUGCUCAAGGCCGCCUCGUUUGGCAAGUCGGUGCUCGACAUUUACAACAGCGACGAGUUUGUCGACAUGUGCGAGACGCUGCGAGUGCUGAAUGGCGUGCGCGACUACGAAAUUGGGAUCCCCCUGUCGUACGAGCAGUACCACCGCCUGACGCCCGAGCGGCUAAUACAGCGCCUGCUCAACCGCCACGACUACCUGCUCGCGCUCAAGAUUGCCGGGUACCUCAAGCUCCCCUCGGACCGCAUCUACGUGCACUGGGCAUCUACCAAGGUCCGCGUCGGGGCCGAGGACGACGACACCAUCUGCCGGCUGGUGGUCGAGAGGCUCUCGGGCAAGCCCGGUAUUUCUUUCGAAGAGAUUGCGCGGGCGGCUUACCACGAGGGCCGGGCCCGGCUGGCCACGGAGCUCCUCAACCACGAGCCGCGCGGUGGAAGGCAGGUGCCGCUGCUCCUGGACAUGGAAGAAGACGAGCUCGCCCUGGACAAGGCCAUUGAGAGCGGAGACACGGAUCUUAUCCUCGUCGUGCUGAUGCAGCUCAAGAAGAAGCUGCCGCUGGCGGCGUUUUUCCGCGUCAUCAACGCACGGCCGACGGCGACGGCCAUGGUGGAGGCGGCGGCGAUGAGAGAGGGCGACAAUGCGCUGCUGAAAGACUUGUACUACCAAGACGACCGGCGAGUAGACGGGGCCAACGUCUUUAUCCGAGAAUCGCUCCGGCAGCCAGACGCACGGACGGCGUCGGACAAGCUCGCACUGGCGGCUAAGCUCCUGGCCGACUCCAAGGAGAGGGCACUAGAGCUUCACGCACUCAAGGAGACGACGGCGUUGCUGCGGAUGCAGGAGUCGCUGGGGCGCGACCUGGCAGAUUCGUUUACGGGACUCAGCGUCAACGAGACGCUGUUCAAGCUGAUACGGCUCGGGUUCAACAGCCACGCCAAGAAGGUCCAAAGCGAAUUCAAGGUGCCGGAUAAGGUGGCGUGGUGGAUCCGUCUCCGGGCGCUGGUGGCGAAGCGUGAAUGGAACGAGAUUGAGGAAAUGGCCAAGGCCAAGAAGAGUCCGAUUGGGUGGGAGCCAUUCUUCAACCUGACGCUGCAGGCAGGCAACCCGCGGCUGGCGGCCGUCUUCAUCCCCAAAUGCUCGGGCCUGGCGGCGGGGGAGACGAUUGCCAUGUACGAAAAGUGCGGGAUGCGUACCAAGGCGGCGGAGGAGGCGGUUCGGCUCAAGGACGGCGAGGCGUGGCAGAGGCUGCUGGAGGCGGCGGGGAGAGGAUCAGCAGAGGGGAGGGAGAUUGAGAGGCUGGGCAUGGCCGUGUUCAGGAAGUAA